AUGAUGAGAUCAAUUUUAUUAAAACAAUUUGGUGGAAUAGAAAAUUUAAUAGUUGGACAGGUCGCAAAACCAAUACCAAAAAACAAUGAAAUUUUAGUACAAGUUAAAUCAUUUGCAUUAAAUAGGGCCGAUAUUCUUCAAAGAUUGGGACGUUAUCCUCCACCACCAGGAGACUCUGAAAUUUUGGGUUUAGAAAUGUCAGGUAUUGUAGUUGAAGCUGAUAAAAAUGGCCAUUAUAAGAAAGGUGAUCCAGUAUUUGGUAUUGUAGGAGGAGGUGCCUAUGGUGAAUAUUGUACCAUUGCAGCAAAUCAAGCAUUUCCAAAACCAGAGCAUUUAACAUUCGAACAGGCAUCUGCAAUUCCUGAAGCAUGGUUAACAGCCUAUCAAGCAUUACAUCCAUUAUCAAACUAUCAACGUGGCCAAUCUGCCAUGAUUCAUGCUGCUGCAGGUGGUGUCGGUACUGCUUUGGUCCAAUUAUGUAGAGCUGCCGGUGCUCCUUUAAUCUUUGGUACUGUUGGUAGUGACGAAAAAGCAGAUUUCAUUAAAAAACUUGGUUGUACUCAUCCAAUCAAUUAUAAAACUCAAGAAAACUUUUUAGAGGUUGUUCAACAAGUUACAAAUAAAAAAGGUGUAAAUAGAAUAUUCGAUUAUGUUGGUGCAAAAUAUUGGAAUCAAAAUUUAAAAUCAAUGUCAUUAGAUGGUGUUAUGAUUAUUCAAGGUAUUUUAUCAGGCUCACACAUCAAAGAAACUGCUGAUAUUACACCAAUCUUAAGUAAAAGACUUACCAUUAUAGGCUCAACAUUAAGAAAUAGAAGCAACGAUUACAAAGCUGAUUUAGUAUCUGGAUUUACCAAAGACUAUCUUCAUCUUUUUGAAACUGGCGAAUUAAAACCAGUUAUCGAUAGAGUAUUCUCAUAUAAUGAAAUUCAAGAUGCCCACAAGUAUCUCGAAACAAACCAAGCAAAAGGCAAAGUUGUUGUAAAUAGUUUCAAUCAUUAA